GGGGCACCGGGGGUUCCUCUGUACUCACCGUUGUCCCGGCGGGGACCAGGCGGCCGGGGGGGUCCCGGGGAGCUACUGCAUCCCCCCGGGAAGCUGCUCCAUCCCCGCCGCCUCCCUUCCUGCCUCCUCCCGGCGCGGCGCGAGGGAAGGAAGCGAGCAGGGCCGGGGGAGGAGGAGGGGAAAAAGGGAGAGAAGAAAAAAAAAAAAAAAUAGAAACCCAACCCCAGACCAUAGAUGUAGAAGGGAGCCGGGCGGGGCUCAGCUCCCUCUAGAGGCGCCUUGCACGACCCGAGCGUGGGAAAGGGGCUGCGGGGCUGCGCGUCGCGGCUCGAGAGCGUGGGAUGCUCGGGGGGUGUCCGAGGGAUCGAGGUCCCCCGGGCUGAGCGACACAGGGGACACGCUGCUCUGCAGAGUCUGCAUGGGCGAAGGAAGAGCAACGCACCUCUACACCCCGAUUCUGCGUGUCCCCGAGAGCUGCCCUGCCUCUUUAUGGGGCGUCCUGAGCUGCUGCAGUCUGGGAAGGCUGCAGCUUUUGAGCACGGUUGGUUUCCUCUCUGCCAGGCAUCCCCGGGAGGGCAAAGUGCCCUCGUGGAGUCACUGGACCAUUUCCAGUGGGGAACAUCCCCGUGGGGCCGCCAGGUAAAGAAGGAUUGGCGGCGGUGAUGAUUCACAGAUGAUUGAGGAGAUCCGAAAUCCACCAAGACUGGGGAAAAACCCGGGUGGCUGGAGGAGGAGAGGGUGUGAUUCAUGCUGGAGAACGAGAUAGCUCAGCAGGGCUGGCGUUGGCUCAGCACCAAUCUGCCCCAGCUGCCCUCCUCCACGACGCUGCCAGAGCCUUUGCUGGCAAACGCCAGAGAAGAAGUUUGGGGCCUCUAUGAAUGCUUGACUGCUUGUGAUCAAUUCAGCUGUCUGCCCCAUGCCCUGGGACGGCGUGCCCUGUGGGAUACUCGGGAAGCUGAGCUGGAAGAUUCGUUGAAUCCUGGAAUGUGUCUGGCCAGGCUUUGCUGGCAGAAUGACUGCAGAGGGCUCAGCCCUGGCUCCAGGGAUGCCCUGGACAGCAGAGGAGAGCUGUGAAGGGCAAACCAGUGGAUGCCUGCAGUGAUGGAGAGGGGUAGGGGACAGGACAUCUCCUUUGUGUCCACAGCAAAGAGAGGGCUGAGCUCAGGCUGUGGGAUGCAGGAACUGCCACGUGUCUGCCAAUGGCUGCUGGAGAGUGUUCAAGAGAAGGCCCAUAAUGGGGAGGAGAGGGGAACUGGGUGGAAAGCUCCAGCCCUUGGAUAGCAGUGGCAAAUGUGACUUAGAGAAAUGGUGAUGGUAAGCAUUUGGGAAACCCUACACAUUGCUGUGCUGCUGCAGGGACAGCCUGGUUUAUAUUGCUGUGUUUUUAAGAUCUUGAGGCAAUGAGGAAGAAAUUCCAAUCCAGCUUUGCAGUUGUGGAUAUGGAUAUGAAACAUUCCCAGCCUCUCCCAGCUGCCCCUGUUGUUGGUGUGGGUGCUGUAGAACAGCAGCCGCAGAAGGGAGCCCCUGGUGUCAGGAUUCACUGGCAUUUUAGGAAGUGGUUUCACCCUUGUUUGAUGUAGUCUAACCCCAUGCUGCUGCUGGUAGGGGCUGAGCCAGCUUUGCACUCCCAGCCCUCCUCCUACAAGAGCAAAGAGCUGCUGCUUCUAUGGCACAAAGAUGCUUUUUUUUGGCAAGGAGGGGUGCAGCUGUGCUUUGGGAACAGUGUCCUGUGCUGCCUGCCCAGGCAAUGAGAAGGAAGGAAGCAGGAGGAUGCAGCUGGGGGUGGGAGGGCCUCACUUUCAACAUGUCACAAUGACAUGGCAGCUUUAGAUGAGUUUUCUGGGGGGAAAAAACCGUUCUUGCAGCCAGCAGCUUAUGGGCUAUAGCCAAGCAGACACUGACUGAGCCAGCCAGGAGAAACUCCAAGUGCAGAAGCAAAAAUGAGCUGCUACCAGUUUGUCUCCACAAGAGCAGCUUUGUACCAGCAGCAGUGCAGCAGCAGCACGGCCCUGCUGGGCACAGGGACAUGGUAGGGAUGCCAUGCCCUGCCUCAGAUGGCAGCCCCAGGAAAACACCCAUCAGAACCACAUCCUGCUGCCCCACAGGUGGGCUGGACAAGGUGAGGUGGGCAGUUGGGUUUGCUGCAGUUUGCUGCCAUCGUUGUCAUGGAUGUGUGGCACUGCGAUGGCAAACACAGCUGCUGCUUUCAAAGCCUUUCACCCUGCUGCUGCCUGCAGGAGUGUUGCAGCUUUCUGGUGUUGGCCACGGAGCUGGAAGGUGUGUGGGCCUUUCAUGAGCCUUCCUCCCAGCUCCAUGAGCAGUGCAAGCAUUCAGGGCUAGGCCAAACCACAGCGGAGCUGAGGAUGCUGCAGAGAUGAGUGGCUGUGGGUUGAGGGGAGCCCUCCCUUUUAGGGCCCCUCUCUGCCCUUGGUGUGCAGGUUUCAUCCCACUGGGUGAAAGAGCCCCUGGCCCUGGGCUCUGUGCUCUGAGCCGUUGGGGACCGUUGAGUUUGAACCUAUUUUGAGCCGUUGGGCCACUGGCUGCCCUGCAGCCCCACUCACAGCACCAAUGGAUGCCCCUCAGGCUGCCCGGCCCUCCAGCCAUCCCUCCCUGCUCCAGUUUUUCAGAAGCCUCCUUGGGUACCCACGGAGCUUGCUGGGGGCACAGGAGCCCAGAGCAGAGAAGCAGGAGCAGGGUGCUGCUGUAGGGCCCCACAGCUGGCAGGCAGAGCAGGUUGAACCCACCCAUGGGGGGAUCCAGGAGCACUGCGAGGAUGAGGAGGGGGACAGCAUGGAGCUGCUGCUGGGGGAGCUGCGGGAGGUCAGCCUGCAGGGAUCGCUGGGCAGCAGCACCAGCAGGAGCUGCCUGACCACCAGCACCAGUGACGUGGAAGUGGCAGUGGAGCGCAAUGGGAUGGAGGCUCCUGGUGGCACCGUGACCCUGCAGAGCGAUGGGGCGGCCGGCGAGGAGAGAGGGGCUGCAGAUGAAGCCGUUGGCAGAGCUCUGGUGAUGGAUGAGUUCCUUCAAGGUCUGAGUGCUGCUGAUGAAGACACCUGCUCUGCAAGCCCUGAGCCGAUGUUUUCAAUGGAUCUUGACACUGAAUGGGAGAAAGGGCAUCUCCUGAAAGCAAAGCAGGGCGCAGGAUCCCCGAAAGCAGAGCUGUCCCUGUGGAACAGGUUCAUCAGUGUGAACAGACACCAAUGGACUUUGCGUAAGGCUCGUGCCUCGAGGAGUUCGAUGGAGCUGGAAAGCGAGGAGCAGCCGCUCCUGCGGGCAGAUGAGAGCAGCCCCACGAGCCCUCAGCUCCCCGUCCUGCCCGCAGAACCCUCUGCAGCACUGCCGGUGUACAGGUGGGCUCCUCCCCCUGCGAUGGGAGCAUCCCCUCCGCCGGGGCCGCGUCCGUCCGUCCCGUCUGGGUCUGCCGGUCCUCAGAGCCGUGCAGAGGGAUCCCCUCGCAGCACCAGGUGGCACUCUCGGACUUCAAACCGAGCCAGGUUUUCCAAAAGCAGAGCAGCCGCUGGUGGCUUUGGGAGAAGCCAGGCAGAGCUGGGAGCAAACAGAGCAGGAAUGCCUGGAGAAGGCUGAGAUGCAGCACCUGCAGAGGUGGGAGCAGCCCCACGGAGCCACACCGCCACUGCAGGAGACAUCAGUGCUUCCCCUCUGCUGUUCCCAACCUGCCCAGGAGCCCCGUGCUUCAUCUUCCUCCUCUUCUUUCCUUUGUGUUUAUCAUUCAUGUGCACACCACGUUUCCUUGCUGCUUUUUCCCUUUCCUUUUCCUUGGAGAAGGCCCUGCGUGUCUCACCACACCCAUGGGGUGGACAAGUUUGGUCUGAGGUGGUUUCAAUUGAACAUUUUGUGUGAAUGAGCUCUUCUUGCUUCUCCGUCUUUGCUCUCAAGUUCCCUCAUUAAACACAGAAUUCUCUGCUGAA